CAUCUCUGCAUCCCUUCAUCCCUCUAUCCAUCUCUCCAUUCCUCCCUCCAUCCCUCCUGCCUGAACCCUGCUGGUUGUGUAACCCCCCCUCAGUGCCGCAGUGAAGGAAACCCCUCUCUCCUCCUCGUGUCUACGUCUCUCUCCCGCCUGUCCUUAUAUGGUAUGGGGGUUCCCGCCGUCACGGCCGGAAGCAGCCCAUGUUUGGGCAGCUACGAAGCGCGCGGCGGGGGGAAUCCCUCGCGCUGGUGCCGACCAAUAAGGCCGGGUCGGGAGUUACCUAGGAGACGGAGAGUAUAAAAGAGGCAGCGAGCAGAGGGAGUCCAGCAUCUUCAGCACCACCGACUAACGGACCACAUACACAUACCGGAUCUAUCAGGAUUCUAACAGGACUCUGAACCCCCCAUCACAACAACAUGCUGCUGGAGCGCGAGGACAGCUUCAUGUCAGAGUUUGAGGACGCGUGCAGCGCCUGGGUGGACAGCGUGGGCUCGAGCCCCAGCGAUGGACUGGACUCUGAUGCGGGAUCACCUUUCUGUCAAGUGUUCUCUCCUGGAGCUGACGCCUCUGACUCGGAUUUCUUCUCCGACUUCAGUGACUGCUCCUCGGACCCCCUCUCUCCCUCCCUCGGAUACACGGGCAGCUUCUUCACGGAUCCGGAUCCGGUCCCUGCCGGACUCAGCAGCACCGCGGACGCGAUCCUAAACAUGAUCACAGAGAUCGUGGGGAUCUGCACCGAGAUGGAGCAGCAGGGAGACCCGGGCUCUCUCCAUGAGGCCAGUCCGUCUCCUGCAGCCCUGUCCCCGGCAGCAGCAGCCUCCAGCUCUGCGCAGGUCUUCUCUCCAUUGACUCCAUCCUCAGACCUGAGCGUCCCUGCAGGGGCCGCAGACCAGCAGCUGCUCCCCCCCUCUCCCCCUGUGGUGGUGGUGAAGAGUGAGUUUGGGACCUCCAGCUGCAGCAGCGGCUGCGGACACUCUGCAGUGGCCGGCAGUGAGGCUCUGUAUUCGGACUCCCUCCUCCAGCUGUCCGCUCUGGAGCAACAGGUGGAGGUUUCUGACUUCAUCGACUCUCUGCUGAGCUCUGAGGCCGGGCAGAGUGAGCUGAAGGCGGCCUGUGAGGUGAAGCAGGAGCCGCUGGGUCUGGAGGACUGGCUGAAGAGCCUGGCUGGAGGAGAAUCCAGCAGCUACGUCAUCAGCAGACCGGCAGUGAAGACGGAGCUCGUGCAGAGUGGGGGCAGCUUGCACUUCUCCCCCUCUCCCCUCCCCUCCACCCUGGACGCACACCUGCUCUCCUCCCUCCUGCAGGGCGCUUUCCCGGUAGUCAACAUCAGCAACGUGCACGCGCCCGGGGCCCCCAAGGUGUCCCGUGGGGGCCGGAGGGCCUCAAAGACCGGCCUGAAGGUGAAACCGUUCCCCUGCUCGGUGCAGGGCUGCGAGCGCCGCUUCUCGCGCUCAGACGAGUUGAACCGGCACGUGCGCAUCCACACGGGACAGAAGCCCUUCCAGUGCACCAUCUGCGCGCGCAGCUUCAGCCGCAGCGACCACCUGACCACGCACACGCGCACGCACACGGGGGAGAAGCCCUUCUCCUGCGACGUGUGCGGGAAACGGUUCGCGCGCAGCGACGAGAGGAAGAGGCACGGGCGCGUGCACGUGAAGCAACAGCUGCGCGCGCAGAUGAUGGCCGCGUACUCGCUGGCCCUGAACGCGCCCGGGGUCUGAACGGAAGUGACGUGGGCAGGUGAGGCUGCUGAGUCUAAUUAAAGCUUCAGGAUUUAAACCGUCAACCGGAAGUCGUCAUGGAGACGUUUCCACGUGACGUCACUGAAGGAGAGUUUACCUGGAGGCCGGAAGUUGAGCAGGUGUUUACAGGUGUUCACUUUACAGUUCGCAUCGUCGCUCCUCUGAGGGCGCAUGCGCGAUGACAGCACCUGGAGGACUGGGAGGACGGUUUUGAGGAGGGGGGGAGGGUCCAGGUGUGAUCCUGGAGCGGAUGGUGUCCCUCCUCACCUGUCGGUGCUCUGUGCAGGUGUGUCCCUGUGACACAGGACUGCUUAAAGGAGCAGUCCGUCAAACUGAAGGACUCUUCAUGUACAUUAAUGAUUUCUGAUUUUUCUGCAUGAGGACGUGAACAGUGAACAAACUGUGAAUGUGGACGUCAGAAUGUCGUGACUCUGUUUUGACUCAAAUAUUUUUAUGUCAGACUUUCUAUUUUACCGCCGGGGAGUUCUCUCUCUCUGUUUGUAACAUAUUUCUAUUUUUCUAUCUGUCUACCUCUUCAUGUGGCGCUGUUUAGAUUUGUAAAUGUGCAAACGAUGUCACUUUUCUAUGAGCGGACUCUGAAUGAACUUUAUAUUUUUCAUUCUGAUGUUUCAUUGUGGUUAAGAAGCACAGGGAGAGCUGCACUGAUGAUGCAUUGUGGGAUAUGCAGUUUGAGCAGCAGCUCAGUGUCUGUGCAGGUUGAUGUUCCUCCAUGUGCAUGAGGCUGCUGUCAAUAAACAAACAAACAAACGAAAA